UUAGAUCAGGGAUUUCCCCUAGUCGUGAGUCAUCAUCACACGGCCACGGGUGAGCUUCUAGAACAUUCGCAUUGCAACAUACGUAUGCAAUUCAAUUAGAAACGUUGACUCGACGUUAUGCAUGACGUGUACUUUUUAAAGACGGAUAAGUCCAGUGUCAAUUGUCAUCGUAAUUAAGACGUAGAGAAAAAAAAAUUAACGUUGGACAGAUCUACUCGCCGCAAACAAUUUUAAUGUGUGAUAAGAAACUGGCAUGGAUAAUUAUGCUAGAAAAAGGUUGACAUACAUUCUUGCUACAUUAACUUCUCUGUCCAUUGUGGCCUUUAGUCACGGGAGGCCGAUAUCUCAGGUUGGGGAGACAAGAGGUUUACAUCCUCCUGGGGACACCCAAGGGACCGACAGUGGUGAAGAUUGUCUCCACAAUCAAUAUUACAGUGAUGAAUUACAAAUGUGCCAAAACUGCACGUAUUGUUAUCCGGGAACGCAACAUUCCCCCACUGUUGAAAAGUGUGGAUUUAGCUCUGGCCAUGAAACGACGUGUAGUCCCUGUGAGACAGGUUAUUACCAACCCGGAGAAGGCUACUCAGAUUUAAAAUGUUACAGGUGUGUCACUUGCUAUAAUGCAGAAGUAUUGAAGCAGUGCACACCAACCCAGAAUGCUGAAUGUGGUGACUGUUUCCCAGGGAUGUAUAAAAUGGCGGAGAAUACAUGCAUCGAGUGCAUUUAUGAACCAUCUCACCGAGACUGCAUCAAAUCCAUCCCUGUCCUUGUAAAUGAUCCAGCUUCAGGAACUCAGCCCUCUCCAAACCAGACUUCACCAACCCACCUAGCACCUACACCACAUGAACCCACAAUAUCAAGGGAUCUGACCCUUGAAAAUGCAACAGGUGUGCCUCCUAAUGUGACUGAAGUAAAUGAUGACAAAGGGACUUCUACUACAAAAUUUUCAUGGAGAGAAGGGGUUUUUGUCACAGUAGGCGUGGUAGUAAUUUGCAUCAUAUUUCUGUUGGGGCUGCGUUACAAGAAGUGCUGCAGUGGAGACAGAGCUUCUGAACCCAGUAAAACAUCUACAUGUACUUCAUCAAAUCGGAAGGUUGCUUUUAGAGCUGUGCCAAAUGGUGCACCCGACAGUGGUGGAGAAAGUGAGCAACAAAGCCCUUGUGGAUCAGGGUCUCAAGUACCUUCAAGUGUAGUACUUACUCCUCAACCUUCCCGAUCUACACGUACACCUGUCACUGCCAGUGCCCCACUGGAUAAUGGAACACUCCAAGGUGCUGGACCACCCAUGGAUCCACUUCCUGACCCCCAGUCUUUGGAAGUCACCAACACGGAAGCAUCUCUGCCAAGACCGCUGCUCAGUAAUGGGGGCCCUAGCGGGGAUGAUGAAGUAUAUCAGCAGGAAUUUAAGAGGCUUGCUGAAGAUGAUUCUGGUGAUUACGAUCUUGAUGAUGAUGAUGACAAUGACAGAUUGUCCCUGCCGGGGUCUCUGAUGUCGUAGUCACCAUGCUAUCAAACAUCGUGCAACUAACAACUCACCAUAAAAAAGUCUAGGUUAAAUUAGAUUUUUUUUUAUAUUAUCAAGUUUCAUUUAUCAUUAAUCACUAAAAAUAGAGAAUUUAAAAAAAAUUAUUAUAAUGUUACUGCCACUUAUCAAGGAUGAUGAAACUGUAAUGAUCUUGAUACCUUUAAAAAAGCAGAAGGUUGUAAACCAGUAAAAUAUAAUAUAGUACAUGUAUAGUGAUCUUAAAAGAGCUUAUAAUAAUAUGUACAUGUAAAUUUAAAUAUAGAAAAUUAUAGACAUAUACACUGUAUUCUGCCAAUUUUAUGUGAGAACUUACUUUGAUAAAGUUCUUGCUAUGUAUUCUUUCUAAAAAAAUAUUUUAGUAAAAUAUUUAAAAUCAUAAUAUAUUUUUAGUAAAGCUGUCUUAAAGUUUUGAUAUGAACUUGAUAAAUGAAAGAUAAAGAACUUCUUUGAUUCAUGGUAUGAACAUGAAGCAGAUAUGCAAGCAUGCUGUUUACCGGUACUAAUGACAUUAAUUCUGAGGUAGCAGAGUAUAAGGAAAAAUGUGACCAGGCUUUCAGAAUUAGGAGUUCACAAUUUUGAAUUUUGUCAAUUAUUUUAUUGUUUUGACGAUACUGAGUGUUGUAUGAUGAUGAUAUUCAUUUACUUAAAUGCAGAAAUAGCAGAAUGAUCUGUAUCUGCAUGGAAUCAUGUUCAUUCGCUGGGACUGAUUUCUAGUAUGUUCGUCUCGCUCAAGGAGAGCUGUAAAAACGUAUGACUGAUUUAUGUGCAGACUGCCAUUCCGGAUUAGGGGCAGUGUUGAGUGAUCUCCAGAGUGGAGAUGGUGCACAUAUGUUGUUGAAGCAUACAUUUUUCAUGGGAGCUCAAUGAAAUUGCCUGUGGCGCUGUGCCAGGCAAGCAGUGAGUUGGACUUCGUGCCAUUUUCGAAAUGAGGUUGUUCAUGGUGUCCAAAUUGAGAGACCUCUCAUGAUUUUAAAAUAAGUUGGCCUGAAAAGGACAUUUGGAAUUAUAUGACUGUGACGAGGUAGUCCGUUCAUGAUACUUGUCCGAGAUGAGAGCCAAAUAUUCAGAUGACUUUUUAAGGAAAUAUUUGCCAUUAACUAACCACUUUUUGUGUGCUGCUUUAGUUCAUGAUGUCCCAAGCAGGUUGCCAUUUCGUUGUGAAUAAAGUUGAGCUGAAAAUGGUUAAGUACUCUGUUUAUGAUAUAUGGCCACGAUGAGAGCCAAAGUCAGAAUUAUAUUGUUAGGAAAUGUUUUUGGUUCUCACUUCUUACUACUAUUUCUAAGAUUAAGUGGUUCAUGAUAUCAACAUGAGAUGUCGCAUUUAUGUUGAAUUACAAAUGCAAGACUUUGGGUCUGUACAAUAAUUCUUUUGAUUGGACAGUUCAUGAUUGGUCAAUUUCCUAACAAGCAGCCAUUUUAAAUUGGUUGUGAUUGGAGGGCUGUGGGUUUGAGGCCCACCCAUGGCCCAGAAUUCUUUCAGCAAGAAAUUUACUCACAUUGUGCGGCACUCCACCCAGGUGAGUGUGAGGUGAGUGGGUACCCGGCAGGAUGAAUUCCUUGAAUGCACCGAGUGCUGGACGUAGCUGUUCAAAAGAAAGCCGGGGUAAUAAUAAUAGUGCAUGUCAGAAUAGCUCAUUUCUAGGUAGCUAGGUAAAUGCCUAUUAUUCUUAAUUGGACUUAGUGCUAUUUCGUAUAUGAGAUAGUUAAUGAUGUUCCAAGCAAGAGGCCUCUUAAAGUGGUAAUGACUGUUGAACUGACUGCUACUGUUGUUAUAGUGUAGCACAUGACGUUCCAAGCUGGAAGACCAUUUUUAUGAAAAAAUUUUCAAGACGGUGUCUUUCUGCAAGGUUUGGAGUAGCAAUGGAAGCAUGGUCUCUAGAGGGUCAGUUCACAUUGCCAACUGCUUUUUAUGUUGGGCUAGUAUUAUCCAGGGGCCGCGCAAUGACUUUGAAAGUUGAGGGGGGCUGAACGUGCAUGUUCCUUUUCGUUUCGUGUUUUGGACACGUUUACUGAAAAAGUUGGGGCCUCAAAUUUACCCACCCCCCCCCCCCAAUUCUGUGGCCCCUGCUUUACCACUUUUUUAUUAAAGUACAUAUUUAGAUGUACUGCAUCAUGUAUGUAUUUAUGUACAGAGGACCUGUGAUGCCUUGUGGUACAUGUUACACCUUGAUAAAGUUACAAGUGUGUGAUCUUGCAUACCUUUUUGAAUGGUCAGC